UAAGACAUGAAAAACUCUUUCUGGGUAUGCUUUGUUCUACUGAUUUUCUCUUCCGGAUGUGUAGCUCAAUCGAUUGUAGAGUCACUACCUGGCUAUCCCGGAAAGCUUCCAUUCAAACUAGAAACAGGAUAUGUGAGUGUGGGAGAAUUGGAUGAAGUGCAGUUGUUUUAUUACUUUAUCGAGUCGGAAAGAAACCCAGUGAGGGAUCCUUUGCUACUAUGGCUUACUGGAGGCCCUGGUUGUUCUGGUUUCUCCGGUCUUGCAUUUGAAGUGGGUCCACUACUUUAUGAUUAUAAGGCUUUCAAUGGGAGCUUGCCAUCAUUUGUGAUAAUCAAUACUCUGGACUCAGAUUGCAACAUGAUAUUUCUGGAUGCACCGGUGGGCACCGGCUUCUCCUACUCCACAACCCAGAAAGGAUGGCAUUCCUCUGACACACUUUCAACCAAAGCAAUCUACGAAUUUCUAAGGAAGUGGAUCCUGGAACAUCCCAGAUUUAAAUAUGGCUCAAAACAUCCAAUGUUGAAUCUACAGGGUUACACGCUUGGCAACCCAGUAACAGAUUUACACAAUGAUGAGAAUUCAAGAGUUCAAUAUUUUUACCGCGUUGGACUUAUAUCAACUGAACUUUAUGAGUCAGUCAAACGGAGUUGUCAGGGGGAAUAUAUUUCACCAAAUAUUCAAGACCCCCAAUGCUUUAACGAUAUUGCACAAAUAGCAAUGUGCACUAUAAAAGUAAACGACGCACAGAUUUUGGAACCUAAGUGCAGUUUUGCAUCUCCAAAGCCUCAGGGUCUUCAUUGGGGACGCAAAUUUUUCGACGAUCUUCCCAUUGAUAUAGCCUUUGCUUCAAGUAAACUUGAAGAAAAUUGGUGUAGGAAUUCCAACUAUGUGCUCUCAUAUAUCUGGGCGAACGAUCAAUCUGUGCAACUAGCUCUUCACGUCAGAAACGUAACUAUAAUUGAUUGGAAGAGAUGCAACAAAACGUUGGAUUAUGAUAGUGAUAUCUUGAGCACGGUGUAUUAUCACAGAACACUAAUGGCAAUGGGCUAUCGAGCUUUGAUAUACAGUGGUGAUCAUGACAUGAUGAUUCCAUACACGGGUACACUUUCUUGGAUCAAAACUCUCAAUUUGAGUACCAUUGAUGGUUGGAGACCAUGGUUCGUUGAGGGUCAAAUUGCUGGAUUCACAAUGAAGCUUUCCGAAGCUGCUACUAUUGGAGACGGUUUGGUUUUUGCAACUGUUAAGGGAGGAGGUCACACAGCUCCAGAGUAUAAGCCUAAGGAAUGUCUUCAAAUGGUUGAUAGGUGGUUAUCUUAUUACUUUCUGUAG